GAAUAUUGUGUUGAAUAGUGAGCUAUAGAUGAGUGAAGUAUUUGAGAGAUCAGUGAAUGGAUUAGUGUUUGGAUGACAACUGGAUGGUGGAGUUGAACGACUGGUUGACCACCGAUUGACAAUUUUCGGCAAAACUGUUUCGUUUACGGCAUUUCGGGAAUUCCAAGAGUGGCUCAAAGAGUGGUCGCAAGAGUGGGCACAACCAUUCGUGCGGUGAAGAUAUGAAGCAAGAGUUGAGUGCUUUUCAGCUGAAAGAUGAGGGAAACAAAUACUAUCUGAACCACAAGUAUGAAGAGGCCAUCAAUAGCUACACGCGAGCCAUAGUGCGCAACCCAUCUGUUCCCACAUUCUUCACCAACAGAGCGCUGUGUUAUCUAAAGCUUCAACAGUGGGAACAGUCGUAUCAGGACUGCCGGCGAGCCCUCGAAAUGGAGCCAAACCUAAUCAAAGGCCACUUCUUCUUAGGCCAGUCUCUGCUAGAAAUGGAUCACUUCGACGACGCC